AUGGUCCAGGCAAAGGCUUCCAGCAAGACAGCCAAAACUGCAGAGUCACAGAGUGAGCCUGAGGCCAAGGCUUCGGCUAGGAAGCCUCAGGAGGAGCUCGAUCCAGGGUCAUUCGUGUUGCCGACACAGAAGAUAGCACCUACAGUGUCAGAUUCUGCAGCCAGUGGGCAGCUUGCAGCGGAGCCAAUGGAAGCUCCAACUAUUCCGGCCAAGGAUGAGCAGGCCAAGAGGACGACUGCGCUCAGUGUCAUGACACAGGUGAUCAAAUAUGUUCACCAUCGCUGGGUUGCGGAGUGUGGCCUUCCAGAGUCAACAAAGCUCAAGGAGCUUGCACCGCUCUCCAUCGAGAAGAACAAGGCUGUGCAAACCAACUUUCGAGAGUCAUGGAACCCUUCAUCCUGUCAAGUGUCAAUGGAGCGCCGCGACAUGUACGAAGCUGGAGGGUCAGUUUUUUGGCUGGAUGGGUUGCUCACGCUUGCUGGUUGGAAGGAUGAGCCUGUGUUGGUGGAGCAACCGUCCAUGUGGGAGGUCUUGGAGGCCGAGGAGAUCCUCAUACCAGAGGGUCAGAGUCAACUUUACUUUGGCGACCCCUUUUUGGCUUAUGUGCAGAACUAUGGAGCCGGAGUCAGCUUCCCAAACGGGAUGAAGCUGAUGAGGGGAAUCAUUCCCCUUUUUGCUUGGUAUCUUGCUGCAUGCAGAGUCAUCCUUGCGCCUGGGAGCAAAGCCAGAACUGAGAGGUUGACGUCACUGCACACCAUGGCGCUGACAGUGUCAAUCCGAGCGUACCACUUUGGCAGAGAUGGCAAAAGCAGUGUCAUUUUGCGCUCCUUGCAAAACUCCGAGAAGAGUAAGAUCACUGCUCCUGGUGACUCCUUUCAGAUGUUUGUGAAGAAGCUGGGUCAGAUCAUGGACAGUGUUCCCCGAGAAGAGUCAGACUCGCAGCCCAAGUUGCUCAAGUUCCUCGUGGAGAGGAACAUUCGGUUCAACGGGAGCCUCGUGAACCGCACGCUUCUUCAAGCGUCAGUGAAUUUUUACAAGCUGCUGACUCCAGAGAUAGAGUCAGUACUGGAUGCAAUUCAGCGCGAAUUUGGACGUGCAGUUUGGUCUUCCGGCUACAACAAGGUCAUGCGUUUGUGUCAGAUGGCAGCCAAACUGGCUGGUGAUUGGCCCAAAGAAACGGCAGUGUCAGACUUGGUUCAUUUUGCUCUGGACAGCUGCUUGAUGCAGCUUCGCCGUAAGCAGUGUCAACCUGAGUUCUACAAAAUGGAGACCUUGGCGACAGAGAAGUCCGGCUGGGUGCCUAUCACCUGCUUGAAGUGCUACCUCAUCAUGCACUUGCACUUGAUGUCAGUGUCAAAGGCAGCUGCUGACAAAGAGUCCGAGUCAACAAAAAGUACUUCUUGCCGGCUGCCCAAGCAUGAGCUGUUCAACGCACUGCAGAAGGUGGCUUCUCCUGCAUCCUACGACGAGAACGUCCCCUUGCCAGUGUCAGAGGAAACGGAGGAGGUCAUGGAGGACAUCGAAGACACCGGCGAGGGCUGCAACUUGGGGAAAGGGUCAGACGAAGCUGCCAAAAACAACGAGGAGCAAGCUUGCGCAGAUGCACUGGCCAGGGUCACAGAGAAGCUGCCAAAGGCGGGCAGAGCAUGCGUGGAGCUGAUCAGGGACUUCAUGGAGGGCAAGCAUGAGGCUGCCCUUGCCAAGUUGACCGCAGUCAAGGAUCCAGUUGGGGCCUUGAUGGAAGCGUCAGACAAGCAGCCACUGGGCAAAGCCUUCCGAGCUGCAGUUUCCACUAUGGUUGCUACAGCUUUCACGUCAGAGUCAGCUGACGCACCUAUGAGCUUUCGGGAGCUGGCACGCAAGAUGUCGGAUCCAGAACAGCCCGACGAAUCUCAGAAAGUCCAGCGUCAAAAGGUUUGGACCCAGGCACAGCAGCUUCGCAAGAAAUCGACCCAGCUGGCACUCUGGAAAGGCACCACUGACUCUCUGAAGAGUCUUGUGGAAAAGUCCCUCUUCAAGCAGUGUCAAGGCAAGUUGAACGAAACACACAGGGUCGUUUUCUUCUCGGCGGACUUGUUGGAUGAAGCCAAGGGCACCUGGCAAAGGCCAGUGGCAGUGUCCAAAGAGUCAGCCGACCCGAUCAUGAAGUUCCUUGAGGACUACACUUGGAAGGAGCACGAUAUCCUCGUGCUCUUUGAUGGUGGCUGCCAGAGCAACAGAGACCUUCUGCGCACAAGUGUCAAAAACCAAAAGAAUCUGAAUGAGUUUGUGCUCUUGUACUCUCGCAGAAGCCGCAUGUCCAGAAGCCGCAAAGUGUUCUGUGCCAGCCAGCGUGUGGAGACUGGCUUGAUCAAGACAUUCGUUCCGCGAGUCAGAGUCAACGUCAAGGAGCGAGUUGACCAGUAUGCCAUCCCCAUGCAAGACAAGAAGGAGGUGGCCACGACCCACGACCUCAGCAUGGUCGGGUUGCCGCCUCCUGACAGGCGCCCCAAAAUCAGCAUCGCCGAGAAAGCCAAGACAUGGACCGAGCUAGAUGAGCCCCCCAAGUACAGGUUGGAAAGCGUUCCAAUCUAUUGGGCAGAGUCAAAGCCCUGGGACUGCUGGGACACACUGCUGGCAUGCCUGGACGCAGCUGCCGUGCUCGAUUUGACCCCAGGGUCAGGUCUACUUGCCAGUGUCUGCAUGGCUGCCGGCAUAACAUACACCGGCAUCACUAAGUCCGAAGACUUGUCGGAGUCAGUGAACAAGCUGUUCGAAGAGGUCUUGAGGGAGCUGAAUGAUGCCGAGCUCCAAGAGUCAGAUGAGGAUGACAUGGAUGAAGAGGAGGAGCCAGCGGAAGCCGCCUGA